AUGCUUUCUCUGAAGAAAUACUUCACUGAAGGCCUCAUCCAGUUCACCAUCCUGCUCAGCUUGAUCGGGGUUCGCGUGGACGUGGACACUUACCUGAACUCACAGCUCCCCCCUCUCCGGGAGAUCAUCCUUGGCCAGAGCUCUGCUUACACCCAGACCCAGUUUCACAACCUGAGGAACACCUUGGAUGGAUAUGGCAUCCACCCAAAAAGUGUAGACCUGGACUAUUACUUCACUGCCCGGAGGCUGCUCAACCAGGUGAGGGCCCUGGACAGGUUCCAAGUGCCCACCACUGAGGUCAACGCCUGGUUGGUGCACAGAGAUCCCGAGGGCUCCGUGUCUGGGAGCCAACCCAGCGCUGGGAUUGCCCUGGAGAAUGGGAACGGGCUGCAGGAUGGGAACAGUCCUGACAACGGGGUGAGGGAGAGCGGAGCUGAGCAAGGAUUUGGGGAAGAAUUGGAAGAUUUGGGAGCGGUGGCUGCGCCGGUGAAUGGAGACCUGACCAAAGAGAAAUACUUCACUGAAGGCCUCAUCCAGUUCACCAUCCUGCUCAGCUUGAUCGGGGUUCGCGUGGACGUGGACACUUACCUGAACUCACAGCUCCCCCCUCUCCGGGAGAUCAUCCUUGGCCAGAGCUCUGCUUACACCCAGACCCAGUUUCACAACCUGAGGAACACCUUGGAUGGAUAUGGCAUCCACCCAAAAAGUGUAGACCUGGACUAUUACUUCACUGCCCGGAGGCUGCUCAACCAGGUGAGGGCCCUGGACAGGUUCCAAGUGCCCACCACUGAGGUCAACGCCUGGUUGGUGCACAGAGAUCCCGAGGGCUCCGUGUCUGGGAGCCAACCCAGCGCUGGGAUUGCCCUGGAGAAUGGGAACGGGCUGCAGGAUGGGAACAGUCCUGACAACGGGGUGAGGGAGAGCGGAGCUGAGCAAGGAUUUGGGGAAGAAUUGGAAGAGUUGGGAGCGGUGGCUGCGCCGGUGAAUGGAGACCUGACCAAAGAGUUUCCAGCUGCGGAUGUCUCCACCCUGAGCCAAGCUGUGCCCAGCGAGAGCAGGGCCACCCCUGGCCAGCCCAGCCUGCUCUCUCCUCUCCUCCCCGAGACCGAGUCGCCCUUCGAUCUGGAGCAGCAGUGGCAGGACCUCAUGUCCAUCAUGGAAAUGCAGGCCAUGGAAGUGAACAACACGACUGCAGAAACCCUGUACAACAGCACGAGCAGGGACCUGCUGACCUCCAACUACAGCCUGGCUCCCAGCACCCCCAUCAAUCAGAACGUCAGCCUGCAUCAGGCCUCGCUGGGGAGCUGCUCCCAGGACUUCCCCCUCUUCAGCUCUGACAUCGAAAGCCCUUCCAUGGCCAGCAGCUCAGCUCUGCUCCAGCUGACGCCGGACAACUCCACCGGCCUCAACACCACCUUUGGCUCCACCAACUUGAGUGGCAUCUUCUUCCCUCCGCAGCUGAACAGCACAGUGAACGAGACAGCAGGCCCCGAGCUGCCAGACCCGCUGGGCGGGCUGCUGGACGAGGCCAUGCUGGAUGAGAUCAGCUUGAUGGACUUGGCCAUCGAAGAAGGUUUCAACCCGGUGCAGGCCUCGCAGCUGGAAGAGGAGUUUGAUUCCGACUCAGGUCUUUCUCUGGAUUCUGGCCACAGUCCUGCUUCUCUCAGCAGCUCAGAAGCCUCCUCCUCUUCCUCCUCAUCCUCCUCGUCCUCUUCCUCCUCCUCGUUUUCUGAGGAAGGAGCUGUGGGCUACAGCUCAGACUCGGAAAACGUGGACUUUGAGGAAGCAGAAGGGGCAGUUGGCUACCAGCCCGAGUACAGCAAGUUCUGCCGCAUGAGCUACCAGGACCCCUCACAGCUCCACUACCUGCCUUACCUGGAGCACGUCGGCCACAACCACACCUACAACAUGGCCCCGGGAGCCCUGGAUCCCGAGGAGCCCAAACUUCCCAGCGCGGGGAAAAAGAGCAGCAAGGAGAAACCGUCGGAAUUCCUGGAUAAACAGAUGAGCCGGGACGAGCAUCGAGCCAGGGCCAUGAAAAUCCCUUUCACCAACGACAAGAUCAUCAACCUGCCCGUGGAGGAGUUCAACGAGCUCCUCUCCAAGUACCAGCUCAGCGAGGCUCAGCUCAGCCUGAUCCGAGACAUCCGGAGAAGAGGGAAGAACAAGAUGGCUGCCCAGAACUGCCGCAAGAGGAAACUGGACACCAUCCUCAACCUGGAACGGGACGUGGAGGAUCUCCAACGGGACAAGUCCAAACUGCUCAGGGAGAAAGUGGAAUUCCUCAAAUCCAUCCGCCAGAUGAAACAGAAAGUGCAGAACCUUUACCAAGAGGUGUUUGGGCGCCUGCGGGAUGAGAAUGGGCAGCCCUACCCCCCCAGCCAGUACGCCCUGCAAUACGGGAGCGACGGGAGCGUCCUCUUGAUACCCCGGGCUGUGGCCGAUCAGCAGGCCCGGAGGCAGGAGAGGAAACAGAAGGAUCGGAGGAAGUGA